AUGGCUAAUGCUCAGUCUGCUCUAAAGAUGGCCGUGUGCCUGCUAGUGAUUGCAGAGCUGCUUCUUGCCAAGAAGGACUACUACGACAUACUGGGAGUGCCCAAAGACGCCACUGAGCGGCAGAUUAAGAAAGCUUUUCACAGGCUUGCCAUGAGGUACCAUCCCGAUAAGAACAAAAACCCCGACGCUGAAGUGAGAUUCAGGGAAAUUGCUGAAGCUUAUGAAACCUUAUCUGACACGACGAGAAGACGUGAGUACGACCAGUUUGGUGCUGGCGCUUUUUAUUUCACAGGAGGGAGGCAGCAGCGACCAAACCCGCACCAACCUUUCACCUUCAAAUUCGAUGACAUCUUCAAGGACUUUGACAUGUACAGCCAUAACAACAGACACGCCCGGCGCAGGCAACCCUUCGAUGAACAUUCGCAAAGAGAACCCCAUAGCCGACACAGACGGCAAUUUCAAGGAUCAGGCGUCUUUGGGGAUGUGUUUGACGACAUCGAGAAGAUGUUCGCCGUCCACAGGCACCCAACACACACGGAAGGCGUCUUUCGUACUACAUCCAAACAGCACUGUAGAACAGUGACGCAGCGCAGAGGGAAUAUGGUUACCACAUACACAGACUGCACUGCACCAUAG